GGAGAGAUGUAGGGUUGAGAUAAUGAUGAUAGGUGGUAGUAGGUGGAAUAGUAUUUGAUCCAAAGGCUUCAAGAAGUAGAUCCAAAAGCUAGAAACAUAGAAGCACCAAGGAUUGGUGCUUCUAAAAAUAUUCUAGCUCAAUUCUAUAUAUACAUAUAUGUAGAGAGAGAGAGAGAGAGAGAGAGAGAGAGAGAAGCAGCUGCAGCUACGUCCAUGGCCGACUCAGCCCCGUUACUCCUCCCCAGCUACACCUCGGCAUCCGAAGAAACCCACCCUCCUCUUCCUCUUCCUCUUCCUCUUCCUCAGCAUUGUGGCGUUGACGGUGACAAACACGCCGUGCGAUCCAUCGACGACGCCAUCGAGGCCUGCGUGGGCCGGACCGGCUCCGCGCAGCUCCUCCGCGCCAUCUUCGUGGCCCUCGCGUGGGUCUUCGACGCACAACAAACCUUCAUCAGCGUCUUCGCCGACGCGCACCCGUCCUGGCACUGUACCGACACCGACGCGCGCGCGUGCUCCGCCGCCGCGGCCUCUACGCCGUGCGGGCUCCCGCCCGGGGCGUGGGCGUGGGACCUCCCGGCGUCGGCGUCGGUGGUGUCCGAUUGGGCCCUGGAGUGCGCGGGCCCCUCCCUCGUCUCGCUCCCGGCCUCGUCCUUCUUCCUGGGCUGCGUCCUCGGCGGCCUCGUCCUCGCGACGCUCGCCGACUCCGCCCUCGGCCGCAAGGGCAUGCUCUUCGCCUCCUGCUUCAUCAUGUCCCUAACCGGCAUCCUCACGGCCUUCUCCCCGAACGUCUGGGCCUACUCGGCUCUGCGCUUCGUCUGCGGCUUCGGCCGUGCCAUGGUCGGAUCAUCCGCUCUCGUGCUCUGCAACGAGAUGGUCGGCAGGAAGUGGCGCGAUCGCAUCAGCAUCUGCGGCUUCUUCUGCUUCACCCUCGGCUUCUUAUCGCUGCCCGCCUUGGCCUACGCGAACCGCAGGUCCUCGUGGAGGCAGCUUUACUUGUGGACUUCGGUUUCUUCUCUCUGCUAUACCAUUUUGCUCCACUUUCUGAUCCACGAGUCCCCUCGCUGGCUCUUCGUGCGCGGGCGCAGAGACGAGGCCGUCGCAGCGCUGAAGCAUAUAGCCGUGUCCGCCGGCAGCAACUCCGUCAAUUCCAGCUUCUCUAGCUUAUACAACGUCGGCGGUGAGGAGACGUGGAACGCGGACGUGUUCUCCGCAGUGAAGAUGCUGUACGAGAAGAAGUGGGCCUUCCGGCGGUUGGCGGCGGUCAUGAUCGUCGGGUUCGGCGUCGGGAUCGUGUACUACGGGAUGCCGCUCAAUGUGGGCAACUUGGGCUCCAACCUCUACCUAAGCGUCACCUUCAACGCCUUGGCCGAGCUCCCCUCGUCGCUCGUCACCUUCCUACUAAUCGGCAAGCUGAACCGCCGUGGCUCGGUGAUCUUGUUCGCCGCCGUAAGCGGCGCGUGCAGCGUCGCGUGCGUCUACAUCGCGAGCCCCGCGUGGGCGCGGAUGGCCGUAGAGGUGGUCUCCUUCUUCAGCGCGUGCACGGCGUUCAACAUCACGCUCAUCUUCGCGAUCGAGCUGUUUCCAACGUGCGUGAGGAACUCGGCAAUUUCCAUGGCGAGGGAGGCGAUUGUGCUCGGGGGAGCGCUGGCGCCUCUGCUGGUGGCGGAAGGGCGGAAGCGCGGCCUGUUUGUGUCGUUCGGAGUGUUCGGCCUCGCGAUCGGCUGCUGCGGAUUGUUUGCAGCAUGCUUGCCGGAGACGAGAGGGAGGAGCAUAUGCGACACCUUAGAGGAAGAAGAGCAUAAGCAAACAAUUGACUCGUCCGCCACCGUCUAAUAUAAGACAAUACAAGACAAUGCUCAUUCCACAGGAUUAUGUAUGUCAGUAUGUGUAGGUGAUUAUAUAUGCGUUUCUUUUAAGUAUAUAUGUAUUAAUUUCUUUAGGUAUCAAUUAAAAGCAUUGCCGUACGUGUCUUGGAUCCAUCCCAUAAUACAUAAAUUUUACUAUUCGGGUGCGUUUGGUUCG